UCGAAGGGAGGAAGACAACUCCUGCACUUGUAAAAUAAUCAGACUAAAUCAUCGGCGUGGGAAAGCGGACCACAAGAGUCCACAGUUUGCUUUGCUUCCCGGCGUGAUUUGGGUGGGGAAAGGGGCGUCAAGAAGUCUUUCUUGGUGUUUACCUGUGUUAGCCUUUAAUCCCUUGAAGGGAGCGGGUAGCCUACCCGGAUCAUUCCGCAAGGCUGCACUGCGCGGAACGGUGGGGCUGAUGCCGUCGCUGACACUAGCAUGCAGUCCUGGAAAUCCGUAUCACUGACAGACUCUCACUCUCGGAGUACAAUGGUCAAUCUACAGAAAACAUUUUACUACUGCGAUAUGUUUCGGCGCAGUAACAACUGAUUACUGGGGCAAACGCGGAGUUCACCAUGCCGAAGAGAUGCAGCACUUUCCCGAAUAGGUAAAGUCUCUGAAGCCCACCAUCAUGACGGAGGGAGACAGCCCCAGCCCCAGGCCCAGGCAGGGCUCGGCAUCCCCAUGUGUGGUCAGAGCUGCUGAGGACGCUUCAGUGACAAGCCCCCGUCUUCCCCUCUUCACACUCCGGCCGGAGAGCGCAUAGAAUGGCCCCUCUGGCGGGCCGGCGUUGAAAAUGUGAUGAGCCCUGCGAUCGUCCCCAGCUCGGGCGCGGACCGAGGGAAGUGAAGGAGGCGUGGAAGUUAAUGAGACCAUUGCUCUUGCGCUGUGGCGCUCGGGACAGGCAAUUAUCGAAGGAUUACCCGCUCACCACGCGAGCACGUAGUGCAAGCACAGCAGUAGCAGCAGCGGCAGGCCACUCAGCAAGUGCGUACAGAAACUUCUGUUUGCCAGGAGCAUUUGGUUUUGACUUUUUUUAUUCCCCCGAGCGUCGUCUGUGGUGACUGGCAUUUGGCGUCUGCUGGCCUGGGCAGUGCUAUCUAAAAUGGAGCUACAGGUACGUGUGUGGAAUAAAGACUUUAUUGCUUUCAUCAGGCCUUGGAUUCCCAUCAUACUCGGUCUUCACCUGCAGUUCUGCCGCAGCACUUCCUGUCCGGAGGAGUGCCGGUGCGACAAGGCUUUUGUGUACUGCAACGAGAGGAGCCUGACUUCAGUUCCACUGGGGAUCGGCGAGGGCUACAAGAUCCUCUACCUGCACAACAACCAGAUCAACAACGCUGGCUUUCCACUGGAGCUGCACCACGUGUCUUCGGUGGAGACGGUCUACCUGUACGGCAACCAGCUGGACGAAUUCCCCGUCAACCUGCCCAAAAACGUGCGCGUGCUGCACCUUCAGGAGAACAACAUCCAGACCAUCUCGCGUGCUGCUCUGGCACAGCUGCUGAGGCUGGACGAGCUCUAUCUGGACGACAACUCCAUCUCCACCGUGGGGGUGGAGGAAGGGGCGUUCCGGGAGGCGGUGAGCCUCAGGUACCUCUUUCUCACCAAGAACCACCUCAGCAGUGUCCCCAUCGGGCUACCCGCUGACCUCAAGGAGCUGCGAUUGGACGAGAACCGCAUCGCUGUCAUCGAGGAGGAGGCCUUUAAGAACGUCACUGCCCUCGAGAGCCUCCUAUUGGACGGGAACCUGCUGACGGACGAGGGGAUUGCCCCGACGGCGUUUCAGGGCCUGGCGAACCUGAGGACGCUGUCAAUGGCGCGCAACUCGUUGAGCUUGCCCCCCCCCCAUCUGCCCACGGACUUUCUGGAGAAGCUGAACCUGCAGGACAACCAGAUGAAUGAGAUCCCUGUCAGGGCCUUUGCGGGGCUCCACCGCCUGGAAAAACUGGAUAUUUCCAGCAACCAGCUGCAGGGGCUGACACAGGGGGUCUUUGAUGGCCUGCUCAGCCUGCGACAGCUGACCGUUCGGAACAACCUUUGGCACUGCGACUGCGGAAUUAAGUGGGUCAUGGUGUGGUUAAAGACGCUGCCAGCUACCCUCAACGUGCGCGGCUUCAUGUGCCAAAGCCCAGAGGGUUUUCGCGGGAUGGCAAUCAGAGAGCUCAACCUGGACCUCGUCCAAUGCCCGGGCAGUACAGUGUGGGUGCCAACUCAUCCACACCUGCAAACUAACCCUUCUCCCACCACCCCUGCAUCAGUGGCACAAAUACCCCUCUCGUCACCACAACCCCCGGCUCAAGCCUCCCUGCCCCCCUCAUUGAGGGGAGAUGUAGAGAGGGAGAAUACUACAAACACUUCGGAGUACCCAUCGCAAGAGCCGCUGCAGGUGUCUCUCACUGCAGUCAAUCGCACCUGUGUUCAGGUGAGCUGGUUGGCCACAUUCACUGUCGCUGCGUAUAAAAUAACAUCAGUCAAAAUGGGAGAGCGUUUGGUGAACGAGAGGACACAGGAGACAGUGGCUGCAGGGGAGCUUAAUGGGAUUUUACUGUCCAACCUGGACCCCGAAUCUACCUAUCACGUUUGCGUCGCCCCCUUAGACACUUCUAAUAACCACUCCCCUGGACGCUACACGGUGUGCUCUGAGGUCUCGACACCGUCAGCGCUCGACACGGCGAACAACGCCGUGGGGCCCGAGCAGGCCACUCAGCAGGACCCAAGUUCCCCACUUCUGCUGGCCGGGAUCAUCGGCGGUGCCGUUCUGUUGGUUCUGGUGUUGCUUUUGGGCCUCUUCUGCUGGCGCAUGCACAGGAAAGGCAGCCCGUCAUCGUCCAAAUGGAAGUACAGCCGGGGCCGGCGGAAAGAUGACUACGGCGAGGCGGGGACCAAAACGGACAACUCCAUCCUGGAAAUGACUGAGACGAGCUUUCAGAUAGUGUCCUUGAACAACGAACAGCUCCUGAAAGGGGCUUUUCACAUACAGCCUAUUUACACGACUAAUGGGACUGUUGUUGGUCCCAGACAGAGCAACUCUGGGAAAACUAGCACAGCUUAUAACAAGACCAACGGUCCACACUCAGAUGUUUGCCACACAAAAUGAUUUUUCAGUGGGAAUGGUAAUGUUUGUACAUUUGUAUCAAAGCGCCUCUAGAUAUUUCAUUUGUAAUCGGAAAAAAAAGAUGUGCUCUUUGUGUACUCGUAAAGUGCAUCAUGAUCUAUGAGUUGCCGGUUUCUCCUCUUGCAUCAACAAACAUUUAAAAAAGCUUCUCUUUUUCUGCUCUGUGGUUGAGAUUUUGCACAAAUCGUUGUGGCAAAAUAGUAUGUGUUUGAGAUGCAAACAUUCUCAUGAAACUAGGACAUACUAGUUGCUUUGGCUGCAUUGAUAGUUUGGAAAACAGGGCACAAAGUAAAAUAACUUUUGACUGUGCCAUGUGUUAUUUUUACCUUGUUCUGAGCAUUUGGAAAUAUGGUACUUUGGUCACAUAGGACAAAUCACAGGAUUUCUGUUCUAUGAAUUAUAAACCUAUAUUAACAGAUAAACUAAAUUACAGCUGUAUACUCAGUGUUAAUUACCACAUGAAAAUAAAAACCUUCCGUAAUUCUGUAGAUAAUGUCAGAUGGCUCCUUUAAGUCAAUUUGCUUUUUUUGUUUGAUUUUUAUCCAUCACUGAUUCAUGUCAUUCUUUAGCUUCAUUCCUAUCAGAUGGGCAUUGUGAGAGUGGUUGGGUCGUUUGUUGUAGUAAUAGUUCAUUAAUGUGCCUUAGCAUAUCUACCAAACGUUUACAACACACCAUCAACUUGUCAAAGCACCAAGGUAUAUUGUUGUACAAAAGUAAUAAAUGAUUACAAAACA